AUGGGUUGUGGCUGUGGUUGUGGCGGCUGCGGUUGUGGCUGUGGUGGCUGUGGUUGUGGCGGCGGCUGCUGUAGUGGUUGUGCCGGCUGCUGUCGCGGCUGCUGUGCCUGCUGCUCCCCGAGGAUCUACUGCUGCCGCCGCACCUGCUGCAACUCCUGUGGUUGCGGCUGCGGCUGCGGCUCUUGUGGCUGCGGUUGUGGCAAGUGCUGCGGCUGUGGCAAGUGCUGUUGCCAGCAGAAGUGCUGCUGCCAGAAGAAAUGCUGCUGCUAG